ACUGAGCAUGCGCAGUGGACGCGGCUCUGGGAGUGUCUGCGCGGCUCUCUGGAAGGGAAUCCAACCCGCAGCCCGCUGAACCCGGGGAGCAUCCGCAUGAACAAUGAACCGGCGAGCGGCGGCUGACCGGAGGAUGAUUUUGGCGAAACGGAGAUGAACUGGACGCCUGAGGAGUGUCGAGGCUGGGGAGGCAGAGGGGGGGUCCGGGGGUUGUUCGGCAGCACAGAUUUAGCUGGAUAUCUGUGGCGUGAUUGACCUCUAACGGUACCGGGAAUUAGUCAUUUCUAAUACUUUGUUGUCAAUGUUAGCGUUACAUUAGUGUUUAUUGUUGAACUUUCAUAGUAUUGUCAUUUAAAAUAGGCCACACGUCUAACGGCAAAUUCACCUCAUUUAUCUGAUCCUUGAAUGGCUUGCAGUGUACAUCGUUUCACCAAAGAGCUGAAUAGUUACUGCAAAGUCCUUCUUUGUUCCAAAAAAAAGGUUAUUAUUUUAUUCCUUUUGUUCACAAUGGAGACGCGAGCUGCUUGAUGUCAUGAGCUGGCCAUCUGUUGUGGAAACCCGCUUAGACCUGCAAGCCGAUUAACCGGUGAGAGGUUCAAGGCAUCGGCGUGGACAUUUCUGUGCCUCGGCCUCCUGCUGGCGGAGGGAUGCUGAGGCCCGUCGCCGUGGGCUCACUGGAGCAGAGAGACGAGGAGCCCGAGGAGGAGGGCGAAGAAGAGUUGCGGGAUGGAGGGGUGCCUUUCUACGUGAACAGAGGAGGCCUCCCGGUGGACGAGGACACCUGGGAGAGGAUGUGGCGCCACGUGGCUCGAAUACACCCCAACGGAGAAGCUCUGGGGAGGGAGAUCCGGGGGAACGCGGAGCACCCCAAGAUUCCGAUGCCGAGUGUGCCUACAUACCAACCUACCGCCACCAUCCCACAGCGCCUGGAAGCCAUACAGAAAUACAUCAGGGAACUGCAGUACAAUCACACCGGAACACAGUUUUUUGAAAUUAAGAAGAGCCGGCCUCUUACUGCGUUGAUCGACAUUGCUAAAGAGAUGACGCGGGAGGCUCUGCCAAUCAAAUGCCUGGAGGCGGUGAUCCUGGGGAUGUAUCUUUACUUCAGCAGGUCAUGUUGCAUGCCGCUAGAUAUGCUACGAUGUCUUCUGACUGUACUUUACCUCACCAACAACAUGCCCGGCGUGGAGCGCUUCCCCCUCAGCUUCCAGUCGCACUUCUCAGGGAACCACUUCCACCACAUCGUGCUGGGCGUUCACAGCGGGGGCCGCUUCGGAGCGCUGGGCAUCAGCCGGAGGGAGGACCUCAUGUUCAAGGCCCUGGAGUUCCGGACACUGAUGGACUUGGUGCAGGAGUUCGAGGGCGCCUACCGGGGCUACUGGCACACCCUGAGCAAGGUCAGGAUCGGCCAGUACGUGUCCCACGACCCCCACAGCGUGGAGCAGAUCGAAUGGAAACACUCCGUACUCGACGUGGACAAGCUGACCAAGGAGGAGCUACGGAAGGAGCUGGAGAGACACACCCGAGACAUGAGGCUGAAGAUAGGAAAGCCUGCGCCACCCUCUCCCACCAAAGACAGGAGAAACAGCAUGGGCUCCCCCCUCCGCGGACCGGGCAGCCCCGUACGCCGGGUCAGCCGCGGCGAGAGACGUCCCUCCGGAGAGAAGAAGGUUUUGGAGCAGAAAUCCUCCGCAGACAUCAAUGGAUACCAGAUCAGAGUCUGAAGAACUUUUAGCUGGCUUGUAAAUUUAAACGGUACCACACACUCUGUGAGGCUUAUUUCUUUGUGCGCAUUGUGCGGCUCACGCGAUGCAACGUUGGAAGAAAAAAAAAAAAGGUCACCAGCAACCUUCCCUCUCAAAAACAAAAGGCUCAUUCAGCGUCCCUCCAUCGACGUGGUCAAGAGGCUUUUUCUCUGCAGAGUUUUAAGUUAAGUUGUAAAAUGUGCCACUGGACGCGUCGCAGGUUUCCGUGGUGACAAAGACUCUUCUGCUGUCUGCAUCGUCGUACCGUAAGUGUGCAAUUUCAUGUAAUGUCAUUUUAGGACCACUUCUGCUCUGCUGGGCAGCGACCGCUUGUGUAGUGACCAGUGUGCAAACCACUACCCACGUGCCUUGUAUGAAAACUCAAAGACCUUUUAUAUCCACACCCUUUUUAUUCUCGUUAUUCAACUGAGCUGAACACACAGCAGGAUCAUCUGUGCUCUUCCCGAAAGGUUGAAAGUAUGUGGGACAGUUUUAGCAUGCUAUUCACCGAGCACGGGAUUGAACACGCGAUGUACAGAAGUACGUUGUAUCAUCUGCAGCGUGAUAAUAUGAGAAACAGGAGUCACUGUGACGGAUGAGUAUAAAAAGCUUUCGCACGAAGCAACAAGAUCAGCGAGGUGACUCACAGCAUCGCUGACCGCUUCCACACUUUUUUUUUAGAUGUAAAGUUAGACGGGAAGUCGAUGUGUAACUGCUUUAUAUACACACUGUUUCUACCUUUUAUUUGUAGCGGCUUUAUCUCAUAUUCCACUUGCCUUAAGUGGGGUGACUUCCAUUUAGGCCACGGUGUAAAGACUUUUGUUUACAGCAAUUUUAUCUGCAUUUUGUAUUCUUUUUAUUGUCAUUUUAUACUUCCCUCAGUGUGGGCGAUCACCAGUGGACCAAAAUGUACCGCUCACUUGGGAACACGUUGCCACAGCCAACAUGUUUAUGUGUACAGUAGGCGUCGUCCAUUUUCAUUUCAGUGCUUUAAUGUCAAAAUUUGUACCAAAAGACUGUUCAUUCAACGGAUCACGACAAUAAAGGGUCACGGGGACUGUGGCAACACA